GGGUUGUCUAUCAGCUGAAACAGUCUCAGUUUGAACUCACACUGUAGAGGAGGAGCACAUCAAGCAAUGCUUUAAAGAACGGCGCCACAUGACUGAGUGUCAAAUUGACUUAAUAACAGAUUCCUUUCAGUGGAGUGGAGGUGAAUAUUUCAAAAGGAUCUCUUUGCUUCAAUGUGUCUGACAGAGGAGUCUGGUGUUUUCCAUCGUCAAACACAUACCAGAUGACCAUCCUUGUGUCCACCCUGAUUCAGAGCAAAGCUAAGGUAGUUGCAGGUAAAGUGUCUGUGUGUGAUAAUGUUCCUGAGCUUCCCUCUGACUAUGGCUGAGGUCCCUGGUCCAUGCAGACACUCCAUCACUAGGGAACACCUGCUGACAGUUAAGCAACUGAUGGAUAAUCAGUUAAGAAGUGGGUGUUCAAUAAACUACACAUUUAUAGAACGGAGGAGCUUGAGCAAAUGUUGCUUUGUAAAAGCUGCAUUACCCUGGAUCCUGGAGCUCCUUACCACCCACUUCAAAUACAUUCGUGGUUCAGUCAAUGAUGGCUAUGUUCAGUCCCUGAGAGCACUCAUCCUCAACAUCUAUUCUCAGAAAUGUGUGCCUCAGAUUAAUGAAGAAGUUGAGGACAAACCAGAGAGUUUUGAGAUGCUCUACAGUGGGUCUCCUUCAGAUGCAUUACAGAAAGUCUCAGAAGUUUUAACUGUUUACUGGGAGCUGGUGACGACGAGUGAUACACCGGUCGACUGGAGUUGUCAGCACGAAUACGCAGAAACUUUUGGAUCUACCACAGAGUUAUACACAGAGUCACUCACACAAUAUUUUACAGACAGUUAUGGUAAGGACUCUGUGCAGGCCUCUCAGAAAAAAACAGUCAGUGACCUGUACAAGCUGGGUUUCAUCAUCACAUCCGUCUGUGGUGGACUGCUGUUCAUUCUUACUCUCUACUGUCUCAUCACACACAAGAAAACUCACAGUCCUCGUGGAUCAAAAUUACAAACAAACACAAGCACAGACCUGCAGGACAUAGAAACUGAGGGACAGUAAUUACAGAUUUCUCUCCCUAGGAAGUCAAAGAACACAUCACUGCAGCAGCAGGCAGAACACUUGUGAACCCGAGUUUUUGUGUCAAUAUAUGUGUAAUGUAUCAUGCACACCUUGUGGAUAAGAAACUUUGCUUUAUCUGAGAACAAAGAUGGAACUUAUUGUUAAUAAUGUGGUAUGUAUAUUAUAUUUAUGCAUUUUCCAUUGCAGAUAUCUUUUUAAGUUCACUAAAAAAAAGUCAUUUUUACAGUAGGUAUGUUGAAUUAUUUCUCAGUUGCUACUAGUUAAAUCUUGUUUGUAAUGUUUUUUGCCAAAUAUUUCCAACUUAUUUAUUAGCGUUACUUUAUUCAAUCACUGUAUUGAUAAUAAAAGCUAACCAUCAAUAGCCAGCUGAAAAUUUAUUUAGCUCUCCAGCUGUCCAGUUCAUAUCUGAACACAGUACAUUCACAUCUAAAGAGCAAGUAAUGUUUUCAUUAAAGGAUUUAUAGCCACUUCAGUGUCCUUUUCUUUUUUUUGCAUUUUUUAACAUGUUGGAAAUGCUUUUAUUCUUGCAAAAGCUUCGUCAAUCUACACAGUCUUUACAUAAUAGUUAUUGUGUUAAAAGAAUGGGAUUUGCUUGAUGUAUUUUAUUUAAAAACUGUACAAACAGUUUCAAUAUGACCUCGGUACAAUAAUGUGUUGCUGGUUACACUCAGAACAGUUAGGAAAUGAUUCCAAUAGAUGCAUAUCACUGCUGCAUCUUCAAAGGAAAUGUGUUUUACUGCACAGAGGGGUGAUAGAAUUGAGUGGGAAUAAUAAUAAUAUAGUUUAUUCAUAUGCACGUGUGACAUUUAAUCAUUACUGCAUGGUAGUGACAAAUAGCUAGUUCUAAUAUU